AUUGGCUGAUCAUAACAUUAAGUUAUAUAGUAACAAGCAAUCAUGGCACAAUAUAACUUUGAGGGCGAUUUAGAGAAUUUAAAUGACCGCCAACUUCAGUUCAUUCAUAAAGUGAUAUUGGAACACGAUGCUAAAUUCAAAAAAGCAACUUUUUGUAAACUUGGACAGGCUGGUGAUAAUUUUGUGGGGAACGUUAAAAGGAUCAGCGUAGAAGGUGAAGAAAGAACCAUGAAAAUGGUUCUGAAAUAUGCUGUAUCUGAUGAAACUCUUCGAGGUGUCACAAACACUGAAGUCAUGUUCAAAAAUGAACACAUCAUGUAUACAAAAGUAUUACCAACGUUUGUGGAACUGCAAAAAACUGUGGGAGUACCAGAGAAAGAUCAGCUAAGAUAUGCACAAUGCUACGGGUCCUUUAACGAAGCCCCUUAUGAAGUUAUAAUUUUGGAAGACUUAAAUGAAUCUGGUUAUAAAAUGUUGAACAAGUUUAACUCAUUGACUUAUGAUAGUGUCAUAAGCAUCUUAAAAAACUUUGCUGCCAUCCAUUCUCUUUCCUAUGUAUUAAAGAAUAAAGAACCGGAAAAGUUUGAAGACUUUAAAGAGCAAUUAACAGAUCCUUGGAAAUCUGCAUACGACAAUCCAGAAAUGAAAAGUCGUUUUCAAAUAGUAGAAGAUGAAAUUGUAUCAGUGCUCGAAGGUAGUGCUUACAAGAAAUUGGUCGAAAAUAAAAUAGUCAAGAUCUUUGAACUACGAGAAAAGUUUAUAGAGCUUGAGAAAACUAAUAAAUAUUCGGUGAUUCAACAAGGCGAUGCGUGGACGAACAAUAUUAUGUUUAAAAUUGAUCAUGAUCCAGUACAAUCAAUAUUGAUUGACUUUCAAGCAUCAUUCAACAGCAACCCAGUCAUAGACCUUCUCUUCAUGAUUUUCAACUGCACCGACCAUGAAACGAGGUCCAAACAUUACUACGACUGGAUAGACUAUUACCACUCAGAGCUUGACAAGUCACUGUCGAACUUUGGUUUAAAAGCCUGCUCCAUUUACCCAAGAGACCAGAUGGACGCAGAUAUAAAAAGUUAUGCUAAAUUGAUCUUUGGCCAGAGCCUAGUUUUAGCUAAUAUGCUGAUGAGAGAUCCAAAAGAAGCUGCCGAUCUCGUGGAAGCAAUGAGAGAUAUGGAUAGAAGUGCUAUACCUGAUUCGAUGAAAACAGGCAGUCUGCAGGUUCAAACUCAAAAUCGAAUUAAAAACAGAAUUUUUGGUGUCAUCAAUAGUUUUCAGGAUUUCGGUUUAUUGGAAGCUGUAAGUCAGUGGGAUGAUUAAUAACCGUCCCUAAAUUGCAAGUGUUAGUUCCUGAUUGUGUGCAAGUCUAUAAUCUUAGCUAGUGCCAAUUAAUGUUAGUUUGUGAUAUACAUAUGUGCUCAAGGAA